ACAUCUUUUUUUUUUUUCUUCUUUGGCAAACGAAACACGACCUAAUCUCUAGGUUAAUAUAAGACCAGUGAGGUGGGCAGUGGGUGACGCAGAAGCAGAGGGGGAGAGGCGACACAUUUCACUGGAAAUUUCUUCCAUUUCUACAUUUUCCCGAAGGUUCAGUGGGUUAAAUUUGAAGAAUGGUCUGCAAAUAUUCUACAAAAUUGUUGAAUAUCUGUGUGGCCUCAUUUUGUAAGUCUCAGCAAAUGCAGAAAGCUGAAAUUGUCAUAAUAGACGCCAUUCGUAUAGGAGUUCUCCCUGAUUUAGUAACUUACAAUACUUUGGUCGAUGGAUAUUGUCGAUUUAGCGGCAUCGAUGCUGCUUAUUCUGUUCUUCAUAGAAUGAGGGAAGCUGGUAUUCGUCCAGAUGUGAUUACUUAUAAUUCUUUGAUAGCCGGUGCAACUAGGAAUUGUUCAUUAGAACACUCCCUUAAAUUGUUUAAAGAAAUGAUUCAAUCAGGCAUCAGUCCUGAUAUAUGGAGUUACAACACUUUGAUGCACUGUUUCUUCAUAUCAGGAAAGCCAGAUGAAGCCAACAGAGUUUUUCAGGAAAUUAUACUUAAGGAUCUCCAUCCUCAUCCGGUUACGUUUAAUACGAUGAUUAACGGCCUUUGCAAACAUGGAUAUACAAGUAAUGCUAUUAUGUUAUUCAGAAAUUUACAGCACCAUGGAUUUGUUCCUCAAUUAGUUACAUAUAACAUUCUGAUUAAUGGACUUUGCAAGGUGGGUAGGUUGAAGGCUGCUUGGAGGAUGCUCAAUGAGGCUAUGGAUUCAGGUCUCGAGCCUGAUGCCAUAACAUACCUGACAUUGAUGAAAAGUUGCUUUAGACGUAGGAAAUAUGAACAUGGAUUGGAGAUUUUCUUUGAAAUGAUAAACAAAGGAUUUGGUUUUGAUGCCUUUGCUUACUGCACCGUUAUUGGUGCUUUUCUUAAGUUAGGUUGGUUUGAAGAGGCAAAUUUUUGGAUGCAACGGAUGAUAAAAAAUGGAAUGGGAAUUGAUUUAGUUUCUUAUAACACAUUUGUUAAUUUGUACUGUAAAGAAGGUAAACUGGACGCGGCAUAUAAGUUGUUGGAUGAGAUAGAGUCAAAGGGACUAGAAUGCGAUGACUACACACAUGCUAUAAUGGUUGAUGGGCUGUGCAGGGAUGGUAAUAUUGAGGGGGCCAGGCAACAUUUGAAUUACAUGUAUACAACAGGCUUUACUUCAAACUUGGUAGCCUUGAAUUGUCUAAUUGAUAGGUAUUGUAAGGCUGGACAAAUUGACCAAGCAAUGAAAUUGUUUGCAUCAAUGGAAACAAGGGAUUCUUUUACCUACACCUCCUUGGUGCACAAUCUGUGCAAGGCAAGGAGAUUCCGUAGUGCGUCAAAGUUAUUGCUUUCGGGCUUAAGAGGUGGCAUGGAGGUUCUUGAGACCACACAACGUGCAGUUAUCGACGGUCUUUGUUCUUCCGGAUUUACAAGUGAAGCAAGGAAGCUCAGAACAAAAAUACGUUUGGCUCAGCUCUUUCAUUGAUAAUUGGAUUUAAAUGCUAUACCAUAUGGCAAAAAUGGCUUUAACUUUGAAAGCCAAUGCAAGCUUCAAUUGCCAUGAGGUAGCCCUUAAACUGCAUACUGGUUGCCUGUUAAAAUCUCAUCUAAAACACAAUGAAUGUUUUAAAAGAUCUCAGGACAUUGAUUAUUAUCACAGAAAGCUCGAACACGGUUAACUGAGUUAUAUAUUUGACGAUCAUAUUCAAUGUGAUUGAUCAGUGGCCUCUGCCUCUUCAAAACGGAUAAAUUGAUGCAGUUUUUGGAAGGGUAAACUGACCCUGUUUGUCUCGUUUGAAGUUAACUUCAAGUCCUUAGAGUUCCUUUAGUUGGACAUCCAGAUUUAUUUUACCACUUCACACUGCAAGAUUUUCAGCCUGUUCUUGAGAAUCUAUGGGGAUUAUCUUAUGGCCUCCAGCUUUAAUUUAGGAACCCCCCCUUUUUUUGGUUUCCUCACAAGUAUUUGCUUUUUAAAGUUUAUUUAUCUUCACUAUUUUUAAUCCACGAACAAGUUUCGUUUGCCUAUUGUAAAUAUUGUUUAUAUUGAGAAGAGGAGAAGUAAUCUGUAGAGUUUGGUAUAUUUUCUUCAA